UAUUGAUUUGAAGGCAUUUUGAAAACUAUUCCUAAAUUCGAGAGAUUUUGCGUUCAAUUCUCUCACAAUUAUUGCCGUCAAAGAAGUCAUUGUUGUCUCGCGACUCCUCUCCACACCCGCGCCGCCCAGAAUGCCGAACAUUAAAGUGUUUUCCGGAUCUUCUCAUCCGGAUUUGGCCAAAAAGACUGUCGAGAGACUCGGCAUCGAUUUGGGAAAAGCGGUUCUCAAGAAGUUCUCCAAUCAGGAGACGUGGUUCGCAUCUCUUGUGGAAAUCGGGGAAUCGGUUCGCGGCGAAGACGUGUACAUCAUUCAGAGCGGUUGCGGAGAAGUGAACGACAAUCUCAUGGAACUCCUGAUCAUGAUCAACGCGUGCAAGAUCGCGUCGGCGCAACGCGUCACGGCUGUCAUCCCGUGCUUCCCGUAUGCGCGACAGGACAAGAAGGACAAGUCGCGCGCGCCCAUCAGCGCCAAACUCGUGGCCAACAUGUUGUCGGUGGCGGGCGCCGACCACAUCAUCACCAUGGACCUGCACGCCUCCCAGAUUCAGGGAUUCUUCGACAUUCCGGUCGACAACCUGUUCGCCGAACCCGCGGUCCUGAAAUGGAUUCGCGAGAACAUCCCCGAAUGGCGCUCCUGCAUCAUCGUGUCGCCCGACGCGGGCGGAGCGAAGCGCGUGACGUCGAUCGCGGACCGUUUGAACGUGGACUUCGCGCUCAUCCACAAGGAGCGCAAGAAGGCCAACGAAGUGGCCUCAAUGGUUCUGGUGGGAGAAGUGCGCGACCGCGUGGCCAUCCUCGUGGACGACAUGGCCGACACGUGCGGCACCAUCUGUCACGCGGCGCAGAAGCUGUCGGAAGCGGGCGCCUCCAAGGUGUACGCGAUCCUCACGCACGGCAUCUUCUCUGGUCCCGCGUGCGAACGCAUCUCGAAGGCGGCGUUGGAGGCGCUGGUCGUGACGAACACCAUUCCGCAGGAGAAGAACAUGCGCGACUGCUCCAAGAUCCAGUGCAUUGACGUGAGUAUGAUUUUGGCCGAAGCCAUUCGUCGCACGCACAACGGCGAGAGCGUGUCCUACCUCUUCUCCAACGUUCCGAUGUAGAGGGCGUUGCAGUCGCGCGCUCUGUGCCAAAACACAUUCCCCUAAGCUUUUAAUGCAAAUAAAGAACAUUUUUUGAACUUUGAACUUUUUCGCCAGAUUUCUCAUUUCUGCUGUGAAGCCAUUCGCAGGAAUCACAACCGCGAGAGCAUCGGCUCUCUCUUCAAAGAAGUGCCGUUU